CCUUGAAGGCCAGAGAAAUUCAGAAAGCUCCUGGAACCCCUACAACGCCAGCUCUCGAAGACUUCUAUCCUGAGGUCACUGUGCGCCAGCCUCACGUUGUCUUGCUCGGAUGCACUGUGGCCUACUCGGUCCACCUUCCAGGGCUCAGCGAGAAGAAAAGGAAGAGAGUUCGCAGACGAUGAAAGAGGAAAGCAUGUGCCCGGAUUCUCCGGAAGGCAGCUUGGUAACCAGCGAGGAAGAAAGCGAGAGGUUGCCCAGGAAGGGCCUUCGCAAGAGGAGCCAGCUGGGCAAGCCGUUGAUGUCUUCGGCCCCCCAAGAGUGCAACACUCCCUCGCCGCAGGGGAAGCGCAGCAAACGCAGCCCUGUGCCGCAGACCUUCGAGGACAUGCACACGCAGCGGGUGAUUGCCAAUGUGCGGGAGCGCCAGCGCACCCAGUCGCUGAACGAUGCCUUUGCCGAACUUCGCAAAAUUAUCCCCACGCUGCCCUCCGACAAACUCAGCAAGAUCCAGACGCUCAAACUGGCUGCCCGCUACAUCGAUUUCCUCUACCAGGUGCUUCAGAGUGACGAGUUGGACCACAAGAUCUCCAGCUGUAACUACCUGGCCCAUGAGAGGCUCAGCUACGCCUUCUCGGUCUGGAGGAUGGAGGGGGCAUGGUCCAUGUCGGCAUCCCACUGAGAUCCAGAUGGAAGGUAAACUCAGGAAUAAAGCCACCACGCACAAUGCUUCUGCCUCGGACAAGAGCAGCGACCGACACCUAUUGAGAGGAACUGGAGGCAUCUAUCCUGAUUCUUUUCCAUCGCCAACAAGAUAGAAAGGAAGCCCCGCUUGGAUCCAGAGUACUUUCUUGCUACUGCCCUGGGAAGAUCAAUGCCUCACAGCAAAGACCUCAAUAGGCACGGAAGACUUUGCUUGUAACAAGCUAAUCUCAAAAUGUCUACAGAACUCUUUGAGGAGCUAAUUUAUUUUUAGAUUUGCAGUUUUAAGAAUAGGGUUGUUGUUUUUUUAAAGAUAGCUUUCCAUUUUCUGAGAGAGUUGGUUUUCUUCUAGGACUAACUACAUUUCUUUGCAGAGAAGCCCCCAACUGACAAGACCUUAAACCUCCCAGCUUAUGCUUCAGCCUGGGCUUAAUCUCGAAAAGCAGUUACUGAAGAACUUACCCAGACAUUAACUUGGAAGGCUCAGUGAGUGUGAAGGCUGGUCCUGGUUACUUGUGCCAAAGAAGAAGCAUUCUGCACAUGCUCAGGAGCACAGCUGUUAGAAUUAUCAUUCCUUAUUCCAGGGCUGGUAUUAAAAAGCUCAGCCCUCGUAUAAGUCUGGGCUUCAUCUUACUCAUCUGAAACCAGUUGUUACUUUAAUUCCACAAUGGUAAAAAAACAAACAAACCACAGAUAAGUACUAUGUGGAAUUACUGACCAUGACAAUGGAGAGAGAUCAGAUGGUUUAAUUAGUGUAAUGGUCAUUUCCUCUCCUUUAGGAAUUCUGGGAAUUGUAGUUCUGUGAGAGGUGGUGGUUCACAAUCUCUAAUGAAGAAUUUUCAGCACCUUCACCACAACAUAAUUCCCAGGAUUUCUUGAGGAAAACCAUAACAGUUUUUUUAAAAAAAUUAAAAAACACUGAUUAAAGCAUGUUGUUUACCUAUGACAUCUAUGAAUGCAACAGACUGUGGGUGGGAACGAGAUGCAAGAUUUAUUCCCUUACUCUGUCUGACAAACUGUUUGAAAACUGUGACAAUAUCACCCACACCUCUGUGGACAGUUUCAACUUGAAAAGGGGAACCCUUCCAGUAAAUGUAAUUUGUUUUUUAUUUGCAUCAUUUUAAACAUGAACUUCAU